AUGACGCGCCUUGAUUCGAUCGUGCUGGUGACAGACAAGGCUGCGUGGGAGGGAACCAAGGAAUCUCAGGACACCCAAGCCAUUCUCGACGCCCACAAGGCCGAACUUGGGGUCGGUACGCUGAGGACUCAGCACUUGCAGAUUGACAAUCUUGAAGCCCCGGACGAUAUACCGGACACAGCACCGCUCGAUGAACAUGAGGCCUAUAUCGUGCGGCCUGAUGACGCGACCGCAGAACUUGGCUACUCUUCCCGAUCGCCGCUGAGGGCUGAUGAGACAUCGUCGGCAGUGCCUGGUCGCAAGAAAAUGGACGUGUCACAGCAGACGCCCACGCAGAUCAAUGAUGAGCGUGACUACGCGGCGUUUUGCGAGCCUUUGGGAUCGAGCACCGUCGAUGAUGACACCCAGAAUACGACCCACGAUGAGCCACACACCCUGAAUCCAGAUGAUACCGGUGCUGUGAACUUCGGAAUCUCGAGCGAGCUGCCGCGACCGUCCUCACAAGUGUCCGAGGAUGGCGGCUUUGAAAACACCCGAGGCGAGUGGAGGCGGCCAGACGACAUCCCUCGGGCGGCUUUGAAUUCCGCAUUCACACCCCACAAGCCCCAGGAUCUGCUUCCAGAAACUCCUGCGCUGCCAAAGAACCCAUUUGGGAACAAGAGCGAUGGCGCUGUCCCUUUUGGCGGGACUCAGCUCUUCGGCCAGACACAAUUGCUGUCAUCGGCGGCCAAGAUGGCCAGCCCGACCUCGUCCCGCCCGUCGCCAAACGUAUUCCUAAAUUCCAUCUCACCAAGAGUCAUGGGAACAUCUCCAUUAAAGAACCGGGCCAAUGUUUCAUCACCGACAGAUAUUCGAACGUCUAGCCCAGCAAGACUGCACGAGAUACCCGCAACGCUACUAAAGGAUAAGGACCUUGGGACUGUUGCGCAAGAAACUCCCAUGCCCGCCCGAUCGCAAAAGGACGAGCUCAUUCCAGAGUCACCCACCUAUCAAUCACCCCUUUCACUAGCCGGGCGCAAGCCUAUGGCCCAUUACGAGCCCAUGAAGCAGUCGCAAGAGCGGAAAAUGGUCAACAGAAAGGCUCUACUCCAGAGGCUGGCUUCUGAGAGCGAUUCAGAUGACGAUACCUUGCAGCAGCUGGAGAGAAAGAAACGCGUGGAGAGAAAACGAGCAUUGGCUGCUAAGGAGAUGAAUAAAGUCAGGCUCACGCGCACACCGCGGAGGCCUUCUGACGAAGAGCCCAACAAGAAGCGGCGCAAAGUGGACGAAGCUUCUGAAAAGAGAAGAAACUCUGGAUUGCAGGCGGUGGAUGUCCAGGCUGCCCCGACGUUGCUGGGGGACUCUCAAAAAGCUGCUUCACAAUCGACCCAGCUACCCUCUCUGCGAUCAACAAAAGCCACCCCAGGUACUUUGGAAGAAGUUGAGAGCGACAAGAUGCGCGCGACGUCUGCAAACGCGCAGAACGCCGCUGAGCCAGAGCCAGACCCCAUUGACGAUGAAAUGAUACCAGCCACCAGUCCUAUUUGCUCUUCGCCAAACAUGCCGCAACGAGACGUACCGUCGAAUUCGGAGCCAGAAUUACCCCUACUGAGGCGGGACGGGACAGAGCAGCCGGGUGAUGGCGUUGAUUGUUCUUCCUUGCCAUUGGUACGACGAAGAUCGCUACGCACAUACGGAAAACGUGGGCGCGAACAAAGAAGUCGCUUAUGCGUCAUAUCGUCUCCAGAAACUGCAGCAACCGAGAAUGCUGUGGGCUGCAAAGCCGACGAACAAGUGUCAGCUGAGCCCCGGAUUGAUGCCGAUCAUCGCGCGCAAGGUUCACAGGAUGCAGUCAAGCAAGCUGACAUGCUACCAAGGGACUCCCGUUCCGAGCUUCCAGCGCCUAUGGGGGCUCGGUCGAGACGAGGUGAGGCCAAGAUUCAGACCCCUCGACCAUACCGCGCGAGUCGGCCGGCGCCAGCCACUACUUCCAGCAUGACCAACUUUUCAUCUACUCCUGCAGCAUCUUCCAAGACCACCCCGGGCACGCAGCUGGGCACGCAGGACUCACAUGCCUCGGAGCGUUCCGAGUCGGUCAGUCUUUUGUCGCCCGCAAAAGGCGCAAAACCUCCUGGCAGGCGUGGCGGAAACACAGCCGAAUCCGAGUCCCCAAAACCUGUGACCAAGGCUAUGAGGCUGUCGCGAAGGCUGCUGAGGAUGCACUCUGAUUCCACAGAUGACCGGCAUCGCUCCUCACCUUGCGCCACCGCUCCCAACCGAAGCACGACGCAGUCAAAGUCAGUGCGAGGCUUCCGAGCGAGCUCCGGCCCCGUGAGUCGGGCUCGCCGCCUGUUUGAUUGCAUGAUUUUCGCGCUGUCGUUUUCCGAGAACCGAGGCCAGCGGACAAAGCUCGAGGCCAAGAUCACGCAGGCAGGAGGGGCCAUCUUGCACGAGGGCUUUCACGAGAUGUUUGAGCCACUGGCUAUAAUUCACUCGGCCAACACAACCCUGGAGUCGGACGAAAGCCCGCUCAAACUGGCCAAAAUGUAUGCCGACUGCGGAUUCGCAGCCGUCAUUGCGGACGGCCAUUCUCGGAAAACCAAGUACAUGCAAGCGCUGGCGCUCGGUCUGCCGUGCCUCGCGCCGCAAUGGGCAACAACGUGCCUGGAAAGGGGUGAGAUUGUCGACUGGGUGCCAUACCUAUUGUGCGCUGGAGCUUCCCAAGUUCUCGGCAACGCCAUACGGUCGCGCACGCUGGCACCCUACUGCGCCACAGCGGCCAAGCUACCUGACGUGCUUCGGAUCCGGGGCAGGCUCCUGGAAGGGGAACGGCUGCUCAUCGUGGUGGACUGCCGAAAGCUACGCAAGGAGACGAAGCAGCAGUAUCUGUUUCUGGCGGCGGCACUCGGGCCUUGUUCCGUAUCGAGGGUGUCGACGGUCCAGCAGGCCGGCGAGUCGAUGCGGCAAGCCGAGCAAGGUAGCGCACCAUUCGGAUGGAUCUACAUGGAUCCGUCGAUAGGCACAGUGGAGGAUGUGUUGGCGGCGGCGGCGGCGGCGGCGGCGGCGCAGCAGACGACGGGGAGGAGGAAACGAAAGUUGGCUGCCGCGGAGCCGGCGGGGCAGAAUGUAAGCGUUCUGACGGACGAGCUCAUGAUACAGAGUCUUAUACUGGGGCGCAUGGUAGAGGCCGGCGAGAUGGGCUGA